CUGUUCUUCUCUCCUUGGAUCUUAAAGACUCCAGGGGCUGAUCUGAAACAAAACAAGAGAAGUUGUUCCUUCUGUUGAAGAGACAGAUACCAAACCCAGACCUGCUGUAAGUCAAAAGCAAGUUCCUUGGUCUGCGAUUCUUCCCUCUUCCAGAGUCUAAAUGUGAUGGCUGUUCCCCUGACCCCUCUACAGCUACUGGGAGUGGUGAUCUUCAUUUAUUUCAGUUUCAUCAGGUCCAUUUAUGGCGGUGCUUAUUAUGGGAUCAAACAGCUUCCACCUCAAAUCCCAGCUCAGAUACCCCAAUACCAGCCCCUGGGACAACAAGUACCUCACAUGCCUUUGGGCAAAGAUGGCCUUCCCAUGGGUAAGGAGAUGCCCCCCAUGCAGUAUGGCAAAGAAUACCCACACCUACCCCAGUAUAUGAAGGAAAUUCCACAGGUGCCCAGGAUGGGCAAGGAGGCAGCUCCCAAGAAAAGCAAAGUGGAAAUACCAUUAGCCAGCUUAAGAGGAGAACAAGGUCCCCGUGGAGAACCUGGCCCAAGAGGACCACCAGGACCCCCAGGUUUGCCAGGCCAUGGGAUACCAGGAAUCAAAGGAAAACCAGGCCCACAAGGCUAUCCAGGGAUUGGAAAGCCAGGUAUGCCUGGAAUGCCAGGAAAACCUGGAGGCGUGGGAAUGCCUGGGGCAAAAGGUGAAAUAGGACCAAAAGGAGAGAUUGGACCUAUGGGCAUGCCAGGGCCACAAGGACCUCCAGGGCCUCAUGGACUUCCUGGCAUUGGAAAGCCAGGUGGCCCAGGGUUACCAGGACAACCAGGACCAAAGGGAGAACCAGGACCCAAAGGACAGCCAGGACUUCCUGGUCUUCAAGGGCCUAAAGGAGAGAAGGGCUUUGGGAUGCCAGGUUUGCCAGGACUAAAAGGUCCCCCUGGGAUGCAUGGACCUCCUGGGCCUGUGGGGCUUCCAGGAAUAGGCAAACCAGGGGUGACAGGAUUCCCAGGGCCACAGGGUCCUCUAGGUAAACCAGGCCUUCAAGGUGAACCAGGACCACAGGGCCCUAUAGGCAUACCUGGGAUUCAAGGACCACCUGGUGUGCCUGGAGUUGGAAAGCCAGGUCAAGAUGGCAUCCCUGGACGACCUGGAUUUCCCGGUGGUAAAGGGGAACAAGGACUACCUGGGUUGCCAGGACCUCCAGGCCUCCCAGGGGUUGGGAAACCAGGUUUUCCAGGGCCUAAGGGUGACCGAGGGAUGGGGGGACUUCCUGGAGCUCUUGGACCUAGAGGAGAGAAAGGCCCUGUAGGUGCACCUGGAAUGGGGGGACCUCCAGGUGAGCCAGGCCUGCCUGGAAUUCCAGGUCCCAUGGGACCUCCAGGUGCUAUUGGCUUCCCAGGGCCCAAAGGAGAAGGUGGAGCUGUAGGGCCACAAGGACCAUUGGGUCCCAAAGGUGAGCCGGGGUUACAGGGUUUCCCAGGGAAACCGGGAUUCCUUGGUGAAGUGGGACCCCCAGGCAUGAGAGGUUUGCCAGGUCCAAUUGGGCCCAAAGGGGAAGCUGGGCAAAAAGGUUUACCGGGCAUCCCUGGAGCCCCUGGGCUCAUUGGACCUAAAGGGGAACCAGGAAUCCCAGGAGAUCAGGGUUUACAAGGCCCAUCUGGAAUUCCAGGAAUUGGGGGGCCAAGUGGUCCAAUUGGACCUCCUGGAAUCCCAGGCCCCAAAGGAGAACCAGGUCUACCAGGUCCUCCUGGGUUCCCUGGGGUAGGAAAGCCUGGGGUAGCAGGACUGCAUGGACCCCCAGGGAAGCCUGGGGCUCUUGGCCCUCAAGGUCAACCUGGCCUUCCAGGCCCCCCAGGACCUCCAGGUCCCCCAGGUCCCCCAGCUGUGAUGCCACCCACACCACCAGCCCAUGGAGAGUAUUUUCCAGAAGUGGGGCCAGGGAUUGAUGGAGUGAAAACCCCACAUGCCUAUGGGGGCAAGAAAGGCAAAAAUGGAGGCAUAGCUUAUGAGAUGCCUGCAUUUACGGCCGAGUUGACAACGCCCUUCCCACCAGUGGGAGCCCCAGUUAAGUUUGACAAAUUGCUUUACAACGGAAGGCAGAACUACAACCCCCAGACGGGCAUCUUCACCUGCGAGGUCCCUGGUAUCUACUACUUUGCAUACCAUGUCCAUUGCAAAGGCGGCAACGUAUGGGUGGCUUUGUUCAAGAACAACGACCCGAUGAUGUACACGUAUGACGAGUACAAAAAGGGCUUUCUAGACCAGGCAUCAGGGAGCGCUGUGCUGCAGCUGAGACCCGGAGACCGGGUUUUUCUCCAGAUGCCUUCAGAGCAAGCUGCUGGACUGUAUGCAGGACAAUAUGUCCAUUCCUCUUUUUCAGGAUAUUUAUUAUAUCCCAUGUAAAUUUAAAACAAAAAAAGUAGGAAAAACACAAGAAAAAAAGACAGCAAAAGAAAAAAGAUGAAGUGACAGAAAAAUCAAACACAAAACACAUAAUUGCUUCAAAGAGUUUGUGCUGUUGAAAAGUUAUAUUUAAAUGGAAGUUUGGACCAUCAUAAAAAAAAGACAAAAAACAAAAACAAUAAAAAUGCAAGUUUAAUGUUCUGCAGAGCUUGUUAUUAAAAUGACAGGAAGAAUCUAUGUAUCACAUUUCUAACAGAUGUUCUGUACCCACUGAAAUCAUAUUAGCAAAUAUACAUUAUACAUUUCCACAAUACCAUGCUUUCUAAAGUUCAGUCAAAAUAUUUCAUUAUGAAGGAUCACAGCUAAUACAAGUCAUUCAUUCAUAUUGUUUACUUAAAACUACACAAGAAUAAAUCUUAAAAAAACAUCAAUGACCAAAAAAGAAAUCACACGCCUCAUUUACUUGCAUUGUUUACCCCAUAUUUUCACGAGUGAAAAUGGUGUGGGAGGCACAUUUUACUAGUGAAACGCAGGAAGGGGGUGAUCAUGUAGUAAUAUUGCCCUUGCAGAGGUAAUCUGAGGCAAUGUAUACCAUGCGGAGGAUAGCUCCCUUCCAGUAAACUGCUGGGGGUUUGGCAGCAGGAUUCCCACUCUGAGCAGGGUUGUCACUCAGUGGGAGCCACUGAAUCUAUUCAUCGACAAGUAAGCACCCAGGAGAUGCUGAGGCAAUGUACCCAGCCCCGCAAGAAGGGCCAUGGAGGACACAAAAGGCCAAGUCAUGGGCUGUAUCCUCAAGAUGCUUACAAGAUUGCUGGGAAAUGAGAAUGGUGGUUAAUCUGUUUAUUCCUGAAAUAAUUUAUCCCCUAAGGUUUCUUCCAUAUGCUUUGGUUCUUAUUAUUUCUUACUAGAUCCAACUAGACCAAAA